CUUAUUUGUAUCGGAUACAAAUUCUAACGAAGAGUUAAUUGACAGCGAACCAAAUAUUAAUGCUACUAAUUCGUGCAAAAAUGUAACAGAGGUUUAAUUUCAUAAUUUACAUGGCAGUUGAUUUGUAUGAAAAACCAUUGUAAAUGUUCAGUUCAUGUAAAUAUACAAAUCUGUGCCAUGAUUUGUCCGCUUUCGUUAUUUCUCUGUUUACAGUUUAGAUAUGUUUAACUGAAAGUGUUUGUGGAUAUUACUUAUUCUUACUCCACAAAAUGAGCAGCGAUUUACAUGUAGAUUAUCAAUUUGGUAAAGACAUUGGAGUUAUUAUGACACACGGGAAUAUUCUUGAGUUACUAGUACAUAUGCACGUGUAGAAGUAAACCUCGCUAAUAUCAUAUCAAAGCAACGGUGUUGGUUUGUUUUUUGGAAAGACGAACUCACUUCCAUUUAGGCUGAUAACAAUUAUUCUACUUUUAAUUUAUUUCGUAUAGUUCUUUGAAUAGGCAACAAACCAGAACAAAGCAACAUGUCUUUAAGCUCUAAGCACUUCUUUCAGUUUACUAGUGGUUAGUUUUUCAGGAAUAUUUUUUUUUUUAUUUUUUUGCAGAAUACUAUAAAGUUAAAGUUACUCAAAACGUUUUUAAUCAAAGGAAACGAAUACAGUUAAAGUUGUGCAAAAGACCACCCCUCUGAACAGAGACCUCUCGCAUUAAAGACCACUGGUUUUGUUUUCUAUUUUAACAUUUACAGUGUCGUUUAACCUGUGAUUAAGGACCACCUGCCAAUAAAGACUUCUUUUAAUGCCACAUGGGUGAUCUUUAAAGACUGGUUUGACUGUUCAUGCUUUUACCGUAAUGAUAUCCCUUUUCAAUGAAAAGGCUUCACUUUGUUGAAGAUAACACACAAUUAUUGAUAUUUCAUACGAAAUGCGCUCUAAAGACACAGGCGGGUAUUCCAAAGGAGGCGGAAAGAGAAGACGUCUGAAUGUUGUUCUUUCAAUGUUUGUUAUUGCUAUCUCAUUCCUGAUUUUCGAAUACAGUCUGUCAAAUAAUGACAAGGACGAAGUGCAACUGCGUGAAUCGGAUAAACCUGCAACAUUAGUGCUUCUAGUGGGUUACAGCGACUCUGCCUCCGUCUGGUCACGAGAUGUUGUGAGUUAUGCUCAGGAAAGCUUUUACGUGUCUGAACCACUGAAGAUGCUGUUACCUGAUGGCUAUUACAAGAAACAUUUGGUCUGCUUUAAUAACAACACCUGUCGACCACCUCAGUCUCAAACAGAACAAGAAGAGUUUGUAAUUCACACCUUCUAUAGGCUAUUUACUUGCAAGUUCUCAAACCUUCACCCAGAAUCUAUGCAGAACAUUCUAGAAAUGUAUCAUAACAGAGUACCUUUCCAGUACUGUAGUAGCGAACCCUCAUGGAAAUCAGCGGAAUGUAUCGAAGAGAUGGAACGAUUAUGCAGGUCAAAGACACAUCGUGUUAUAAUGACAAUACAAUUAUCAAUGGAAAUUGUAAAUAAUAUGAUGGAACUAUGGUCAAACUUGAAAAUAGUCCAUAUAGUCCAGGAUCCUCGCGCAGUAAUACAUGAAACAGAAUAUUCUACAACGGAUAACGAUGUUAAGAGCUAUUCAUCUAACUUAUGUUCCUGGAUGAAUGAUGAUGUACAAUUUGUUCGUCGUUUACAAACAAAGUAUCCAAGGAGACUGAAACUCGUGUCAUUAGAGGCUUUGGCAGAAUCCCCAUUCUCCGCAGCGGGUUAUCUAUAUGAAUUUCUGGACAUGUUUCUCUAUACGGAAAAGGUUUGGUUCUGGGUGUAUACUAACAUUCAAAACAUGGUUAAAAGAGAUUUCUAUAAAAUGUCCCGUUUUAAUUUGACAAGAGGUGCACAUCGACGGCGAAGACAUUUGAGUUUUCAAACGGUUGAGGUAAUGGAUAAAUUUUGCAGAGAUACCUAGUGUAUUCUUGGUUAAGUUGCUUUGUACACAAGUAAUGCCUAAAAGCCUUAAAGGUAUCAUUUAAACAAAUAACAAAAAAGCAUUUUAGACAUUCAUUAUAUUGUUACUUGGUGGUUGGGCUGGGUGGUUUUACGAAUAUCCAUGCACUAAAAUUUGCAAACGUGUUGUACAUUAUAACAACAGUAUACAGUGAAACCUGUAGAAAGCAGCCAGUCAGGGAACAAACACAUUCAGGCUGCUUAAGGCAUGUGACUUUUUGUAACAAGAUUGAUAUUAGAACAAUACAUCAAUUGAGGCUGAGUGGCUGCUCGGGGCAUGCUACUCCCUAUCAUAGGUUACAUCUAUGACAAGUUUAACUGGACAGAAGUUCUUCGUUUAUUUAUGUCAUUUUUAACACACAUCAUAGAUUUAAGGCAUUUUUCUGAUUUAAUGGCAAUCUUAUUUUUUACUCUAACUAUAUAUUAGGUGGGCCGGUGGUCUAGUGGUAACACGCUUGCUGUGAAUCUAGAGGUCCGGGGUUCGAAUCCCGUUCCAGGCACUGGAAAUUUCUGAGAUGUUCUUGGGUGUCUCCCACCUCACUAGAGGACUGUACUGGUUCUUCCUAGGAAAGACGGCGUCGCGUGUAUCGGUGCUAUACACCGGGCACGUUAAAGAACCAGACUGUCUAUUCGAAAAAUGCUAGAUAAGUUAGCCGGACACGUCUGUAUCUAAAAAUUCUCUCUGUCUGUUUUGGGGGCUUUAUCUCACUCUGUCCCUCUGGUCAGAUCGCUCUGUGUCUGUACCAGUAGAGGAUGAUUUCGCGCCCUGUGUGGCUGCAGUUGCUAUAAAGCGCCUUUGAACGUGUUUGUCAUGAAAAGGGCGCUAUAUAAAUCUGUUAAAAUAAUAUUAUUAUUAUCAUUAUCAUUAUUGUUAUUAUCAUUAUUAUUAUUAUUAUUAUUAUUAUUAUCAUUAUUAUUAUUAUUAUAAAACCAGAUUUAUAUCGCGCC